AUGGCGGCACCCAUAUUGAAGUGGAAGCGAGUUACCAACACGGCGGGGCCAUGUCCCCGGCCGAGGCAUGGACACCGCGCCGUAGCCAUCAAAGACCUUAUGGUUGUCUUUGGAGGAGGAAAUGAGGGAAUCGUCGACGAGCUGCAUGUCUACAACACAGCUAACAAUCAGUGGUUUGUUCCUGCUGUGAGGGGAGAUAUUCCUCCUGGAUGUGCUGCUUAUGGAUUCAUUUGUGAUGGCACCCGGAUCCUUGUAUUUGGUGGAAUGGUUGAGUAUGGCAAAUAUUCUAAUGAAUUAUAUGAACUACAAGCAAGCCGAUGGGAAUGGAAACGGUUGAAACCAAAGCCUCCCAAAAAUGGACAGCCCCCUUGUCCAAGAUUAGGGCACAGUUUUACUCUCCUUGGCAGCAAAGCUUAUCUUUUUGGUGGGCUGGCUAAUGAUAGCGAAGAUCCAAAAAACAAUAUUCCUAGAUAUUUGAAUGACUUAUAUUCUUUGGAACUGAAGCACAAUUCUAAUGCUAUGGGUUGGGACAUUCCCCAGGCUGGGGGUCAACCUCCACCUCCCAGAGAAUCUCAUUCCUGUGCUGCUUAUGCUGAGAAAGAUGGACGGCGUCCUCGUCUUAUUAUUUAUGGUGGCAUGAGUGGAUGUCGUCUUGGAGAUUUAUGGCAACUUGAUUGCGAUACAUUAACCUGGACCAAACCAAUUGUUCAAGGUAUUUCCCCUUUGCCUCGUAGUCUUCAUUCUGCAACUGUCAUUGGGAACAGGAUGUUUGUUUUUGGCGGCUGGGUGCCUCUUGUCAUGGAUGAUAUCAAAGUUGCUACACAUGAGAAAGAAUGGAAAUGUACAAACACACUUGCAUCUCUCAACAUUGAUACUAUGAAAUGGGAAUCGCUAGCUAUGGAGGUAUUUGAGGAUGCACUUCCAAGGGCGCGGGCAGGGCACUGUGCUGUUGCUGUUCAUUCACGACUCUACAUUUGGAGUGGACGAGAUGGAUACAGAAAAGCCUGGAAUAAUCAGGUCUGCUUUAAAGAUCUUUGGUUUUUAGAGACAGAAAAGCCACCAGCACCCUCUCGUGUCCAGCUUGUCCGUGCCAGUACCAACACAUUGGAAGUGUGCUGGGGUUCUGUGCCAACAGCAGAUGCUUACCUAUUGCAAUUACAGAAGUAUGACCUGCCUCCUGCCCAGACUGUCACACCAGCUGCAGUACCAAUGACAAACACAUUGACCAAGACCCAAACAACCACCACACAGUCUCAGCCCACUAUUAUUAGAGCCCCAGCACCAGCUACAGCAGCAGGAGGAGGCGCUCCUAUCAGGCCACUGCUGUCAACGGCUCUUGGCACUGUCAUGACGCCAGCCCAUGCAAUCAAAGUAACACCUUCUGUAAGACAGAAAACUCCAGUUACAGUAAACCCUGCAUCCAAUGCAAUUAGAGUUGUUUCUGCAUCCUCGCCACAGAUUGUGACUCUAGGGCAAAAAGGAAUUACAACAACAGCAGGUGGACAGAUGACUGGAAUAGCAGCUCUUGCUGCAGCGGCGGCAGCAACUCAAAAGAUUCCAGGUACAACUGGUGCUACAACAACUCCUGUGUCAGGCAUCAAAGUGGUUACUCCCUCCAUUGUUACCUCUGGAAUGAAAAUGACAAAUGUACAAGGAAAACAAAUUGCAGGUCAAAUAAUUCCUGGCACUCAGACAGUGAGAGUUGCCACCCCUGGAGCAACAGUAUUAAAGGCGGGUGCAGGUAUUGGUGCUGGAACCAAACAGAUCAUUACAGUUCAUAAGACAGGAGCUGCUUCAAGUCAGCCUCAGAUUGUGACCCUGGUGAAAACUACACAAGGAAUGACUGUUGCAACUACAAAAACACCUCUACCUCAAGGAGCAACUAUAGUGAAAUUAGUUACUACACAAGCUAGCACAGGGAAGCCAACUACAAUCAUUACCAGCAGUAAUCCAGGUGCAACACCAUCUACUAUUCUUGGAAUAAGCAGUGUACAACCUCAGACAUCUACAGCAAAAUCUGUGAACACUAUCAUCAAGACAAUCCCUACUUCUCUCAUUUCUGUGGCCAAACCUGGUGGUGCCUUGACCAGUACAACUCCAGGCACAAAGACUAUUGUUAUUGCUGCCCCGAAAGGUCAAGCAGGAAACUUUGGUGCACCAACGAAGAUUAUCACCUCUGUGCCCAAGUUGAGUGGUGGAGGUAACACCCAGUUUAUUGUUGUGAGUCCACAGCCUAGUGGGGCUGGAGGUGUAGUAGGAAGUAAGCCAAUUACUCUGACUGCAUCCCAGUUAGCAUCUACUCUCACAUCUGGUGGCUCCACUGCCCAAAUUGUGUCAACUGGUGGAGCUCCAGGUUCAAAGCCGGUUGUUACUAUUCUAACCACAUCAGCUCAAUCCAUGUCUUCAUCUACCCUUGGCAGUGUCAUGAGUGCUGCUGCUCAGGUCACUGUCACUGGCGCUACCAAACCAGGUACUUCCAUCCUUCCUUCAGUAACAUCAACUACCCCAACCAUAUCUAUUGUUGCCCAACCAGCUCCGACUCAGACUGCUGCCACAGCACAGUUGCCUGCAGCAACUACGGUACAACUAUCAGUGACUCCAACCAUCAAAACUCUAACUACGUCAUUAACAAGUGGCGCAACGCAGACUCCUGGUACUCCUGUGCGUAUAUCAAUUCUUCCUUCACCUCAAGGUGCUGCUUCACUGGUAAACCCCAGCUCAGCAAUUACCCAAGUGGUCAGUGUGACCCCAACCACUCCUGUCACUACAGCCAAAGUUACUGUCCAACCAUCUACUAACCAAGUGGAGAAAGCAACCACUGCUGGUAUUACCCCAGUGACAACUGCCAUCACCAUUCCAGUCACACGUACAGUGGCUGCAGGCAUACAGGCCACUUCACCUCAUGGCACUCUUACAACUACAACCUCUUCUUCUACAACUGUAACUGUUGUGCCUACUGGUGACCAAACGGUGAAACCUGCUACCACCUCUGCAGUGGAUGGUACUGCUGGGAACACUGCAAGUGCUGUAGCAACAACUGUGCAGAAUGCAUCCGAGAUACCUAAAGUAGAAGUUAAAAACACUUUAUCUAAUGUUGUGGGUAAAGGUGAUCAGACAUUGGUUAAAAAAGAGUCCGAUUCAGAUGAGAAAGCUACCAGUGAUAAAAGUGCCAAUAAUGUAAAGUCUGAAGGUGAAACUGCUGAUGGUGCCAAAGCACUGGAAGCUAUGAAAAUGGAAACUGAUCAACCUGCAACAAAAGAGGCAGCAAUGGACACUAGUGAUACAAAACCAUCAUCUACAACAGAGUCUGUAAAAGAAGAAAAGAAAGAAGCUGGUCCUGAGCCCAUGGAUACUACCCAUGCACCAGUUACUGCCUCUACUGCUACAGGCACUGCUCUUACUACGGUCCCUGUUAAAGUUAGUUCGGUUAAUGGAGAACUAAUAAAACCUACAGUAACUGCAGUAAAUAUAGCAACACCUAUCACCACCACUACUCCUGCAAUUUCUGCUGUAACUCAGUCUUCAACAACAACAACAACAGAUGCAUCAGACCCUCUUGCAACACUUGCUACUGCUGCAGUAACCACAGCAGCCAGUGCAGCUGCUGUUAGUAGUGCCUCAGCAACUUCUAUUGUGAAACAGGAGAGUACCUCUGCACCAAUAACUGCAACAGGGACUUCAGCUCUGGCUACACCAACAUCGGCUGCAGCUACUUCAUCAGCUACCAAUGGACUUCCUUCCAAUACUGAAACUGCUGAUAGCAAGCAGGGCAUAAAGACAGAAUCUCCUGCAAAAGCUUCAGGAACACCUGUUAAAAAAGAAGCCAAUCAAUGGUAUGAUGUUGGAAUAAUUAAAGGAACAACUUGUUUAGUUUCACAUUGCCACUUACCGUCAGAGUCUAACCAAGGCAAUGGAGAUGAUAUUGAUGUUGUCAGUGUUCCGGAUCACAGUGUCCUGAAGAGACAGGAACUUUUGCCUGGCACAGCUUACAAAUUUCGGGUGGCAGGCAUUAAUGCAUGCGGGCGAGGACCGUUUAGUGAAGUAUCUGCCUUCAAGACCUGUUUGCCUGGCUUUCCAGGAGCACCAUCUGCUAUUAAGAUUAGUAAGAGUUCUGAGGGUGCUCAUUUGUCAUGGGAACCUCCACAAAACACUGCUGGUAAGAUUACUGAAUAUUCUGUGUAUCUUGCUGUGAGGAAUGCAGCUGCUGCUGCUCAAGUUGAUCAAAAGCCUGGAUCCCCAGCACAAUUAGCCUUUGUACGUGUCUAUUGUGGCCCAAGUCCUUCUUGUGUUGUGACAACAGCUAGUCUUGCCUCUGCUCACAUUGAUUACACUACAAAACCAGCAAUAAUCUUCAGAAUUGCAGCCAGGAAUGAAAAAGGAUAUGGCCCAGCAACACAAGUCAGGUGGCUGCAAGAUGCUACUCAGAAUCCAGUAUCUGGUGGUAACAAAGCAGCCAACAAAAGACCAUUAUCUGCAGCUGAUGUUAAAGGUGCAUCGCCUCCAAGUCCAGUAAAAUCAUUUAACAAAAGAAUACUUACUGACCAAACUACAGUGAGUGAAUUAAAGCAAGCCGUUUGUAUAGAAAUCGCUAUGAAGAUGAAUACAAGCAAUAUUAUAACUGAAAACGAUGCUAAUGGUUGCGGUGAUGACAAAGAAGAAUUUACAUGGAAAAAACCUCUGGAACUUUUUGCAGAAAAAGACAUGGUUAAGAUUUGUGCCCCAAUGGUGCGCUAUUCCAAGUUACCAUUCCGUUUACUGGUUCGUAGGUAUGAUGUUGAUUUGACUUACACUCCAAUGAUUGUAUCAAAAAGCUUUUUGUGUUCCCUCAAGGCCCGUGACAGUGACUUCACAACUUGUAAAGCUGACCGUCCACUCAUUGUCCAGUUUGCUGCCAACUGUGCCAAAGACUAUGCAGAUGCAGCUGAAAUUGUCUUACCCUAUGCUGAUGGUGUUGACCUUAACUGUGGCUGUCCUCAAAGAUGGGCCCAAGCAGAAGGAUACGGAGCUUGUCUUCUUAGAAAACCAGAACUUGUCCAUGACAUUAUUCAACAAACCAAAAAUCGAGUAGAAGGAGAAGACUUUACAGUAUCUGUAAAAAUUCGUUUACACCACAAUCUCAGGCAAACUGUAGACUUUUGUCAGAAGAUGGAACAUGCAGGUGCAUCAUGGAUAACUAUCCAUGGACGAACUCCAGAGCAACGGGGUGAACCAGUCAAUCUUGAAGCAAUCCAGUUAAUAAAGAGCAGAUUGAGUAUACCUGUUGUUGCCAAUGGUGAUGUCAGGACUCUUGAAGGAGCACAGAAAACCUUUGAAAAUACGAAAGUUGAUGGUAUUAUGGCUGCCCGAGGUAUACUGGCCAAUCCUGCAAUGUUUGCUGGCUACCAGAAUACACCAGAACAAUGUGUUAAAGAUUGGGUAAGUCACACAUUUAAAAAAAAAAAACAAACAUAUUUUCUUUUCUAG